CUUUCAUUGUUAUGAAAUGCCUGGAACACACACAUUUCAAGUGAAAUGCGAACCUCUAUCAGAUGAAGAAGAAAACAACGCACUAUACGCUAAAACUUAUUUUAAUGACCACCCGUCGACACUGGACUACAUUCCAAUAAAGCUAGAAACGAACCCGAGAGUGGAUGAAAAUGCCUCGUCCGGUCUGCUACAUCACUUACAGUGCGUGCAAGGUUCGCUGGAGGAGCUCGCCCCCGCCCCCGCGGGCCCCGCCGCUACGCCCGUGUGCGAGCACGUGCCCGCGCCGCGAGACGCCUCGCUCGCUACGCUCGAGACCGCGCACGCACACGACGUGGGCUCUUCGCUCAUAAGUCGUCACAUGGACAUGAUGAACACGACCGAAGUGGCAGAUUCAGCCGAGUUCGUUCCGCUCAUGUCCAUUAAAGACGAGCCCACGUCUGAAGGAGAGCAGCAUCAGUUAAGCAGCGACGACACGAGCGAUUCGAACGGCCCCCCACAGGAGACGGGCAGUCGCGGGAGCCCUAAGAGCUGGACUCAGCGGGACAUGGACCAAGCUUUGGAGGCGCUUCGGAAGCAUCAUAUGAGUCUCACUAAGGCGUCGUCCCGGUUCGGCAUCCCGUCGACGACGCUGUGGCAGCGCGCGCACCGGCUCGGCAUCGACACGCCCAAGAAGGACGGCGCCGCCAAGUCGUGGGGCGCCGCCGACCUGGCGCGCGCGCUCGCCGCCCUGCGCGCCGGCGCGCUCUCCGCCAACAAGGCCAGCAAGGCCUACGGCAUCCCGAGCAGCACGCUGUACAAGAUCGCGCGGCGCGAGGGCAUCCGCCUGGCGGCGCCGUUCAACGCGGCGCCCACGGCGUGGCGGCGCGCCGACCUGUCGCGCGCGCUGGCCGCCAUCCGCUGCGGCGCCGCGUCCGUGCAGCGCGCCGCCGCGCAGUUCGGCAUCCCCACCGGGACGUUAUACGGGCGAUGUAAACGAGAAGGGAUUGAGCUGUCUCGCUCCAACCCCACGCCCUGGUCUGAGGACGCUAUGGAAGAGGCUUUGGAAGCGGUCAGAGUCGGUCAGAUGUCCAUUAAUCAAGCGGCGAUCCACUUCAAUCUCCCGUAUUCCUCACUGUACGGUCGAUUCAAGAGAUGCAAAUAUCAACCUGUUCAGGGUCAGCCUCCUCAACAGGAGAUACCAAAACCCCCUGAAUCCGAGAGUCAAGCACAAGACAUGUACUACCAACAACUGACGCACACACAUACGGAACUUGAAGCACAAAAUCCUUACAUGAACGAUAUGGAAUCACAUGGCCUUCAGACCUUACACUACGGGCAGAUGUACUACACGCCGUGUCACGUGACCAGCUGAGAGUACAGUCCCUCUGAAGAGGGACAAUGACAAAUAAUAUCAUGAGACUAUUAACAUUGAAACAAUAAUCACUUUAAAGACUUGUUUAAGCCCAAUCGACGAUCAAUUUUUGCUUUACAGAAAAUUAGUUGAUGGCUAUUUUGUAAAGGUAA